UCUAUAAAUAUAAUAUUUAUGUACACUACCAUUACAAACGUUGCUUUGUUCUUUCAGAAAUUCUCUCCAAACUGUAUCGCGAAAAAUGACUAAAGCCUCUAUUUUUGCUUUCUUCAUGAUCAUCUUCGUUUUUGGAAUGGUGAUUCAAGAAACUCAAGGACAAAUGUGUCAUGCUCUUGGAAUGGAAUCAAACUGUAAUGAUGGCGCAUGUGCCAAUCUGUGUAAGCUGAAAUGGAAGGGAAGCGGCUCGUGCUUCUCAAACCAACAUGUUUACAGUUGUUUAUGCAAUUUUCCUUGCAAAAUUUAAAUUUAUCUAUCUUUAUCUAGAUGUCAUAAUUAAAUGAUUUUGCUAUCUUUUCUAAUUUUAUAUGGUUUGGUUUUCUCGCGGGAAACGGAACGGUAUCGGUUGAAAUCUAUAAAAGAAUAAACAUUUCCAUUA